AUGUCACAAGCCCGAAUCCUUGCAAGACUUGAAAUCACCUUGAACAGUAUAUGUAUCGUGCACUUAAAGUUCUUCAAGUUCUCUUUCUAUCCCACUAGCUCUACUCCCUCAACAAAGCUGCCGACUGCCUACCUCUAUCCUGAACUUGGAUCCAACACCUGCGACCCAUCCACCAAAUCAAAAUGGCAGACCCCACCCACCAAACUACAACAACCGUAUCCAACCCAAACCCCGCACAAGACCUCGAAACAAACGACCACCAAAAAAAAAGAAGCCCUAGCCGCCUUCACCGCAACCCUCCACUCAGUCGGCACAAACCUGGAAGCGCCCCUCCGCGACCGCGCAACAACAAUAACCUCCAACGCAGCCGCCCUACAGCGCCAAGAGACCGAGUUAGCGGAGACGACGGCGCGGCUGGCGAGGCAGAAUGCGCAGUGGGCGGGACUGGCGGAUGAGACGCGUGAUGGGUUGAAGGAGAUUGGGGAUGUGCAGAAUUGGGCGGAGAUGAUUGAGAGGGAUUUGCUGGUUUUGGAAGAUAUGAUGGAUGAUGUUGAGGGGCAUGGUCAUGGUGGGGGGGGAGUUGGAGGGGGGUUGGGGGAGUGUUAG